AUGAAUGCGAUUCGUUCCUCACUCCAUCGACAACUCUUUCAACCCGAAAAUGAGCGAAUCGCGACGAUCGGUUGUUUGACGAAAAUCGAUGGAAAGAGGCGAAAACAUCCGACUUAUUUGGCAAUUGCGUUAUCAGCUCAACACCCAAUCUCUGUUCGAAUCUACAUCAUCAAAGCAGAAAAAGAAGACAAUUAUAAGAAGAAAGAAACAUGGCAUUUGAAAGAUAUUCGAAUGGUUGAUGGGAUUAAUCCAAGAAAGGCUUCUGAGGAUUUCAUCAUUCAACACCUGGACAAAACGAUUCGAAUGUCAGCGAGUACUGUUGAAGAAAAGGAUACUUUUGUUCUACAGUUGCAGAAAUUAUGCCGAAAGUAUGUCCCAAUUCAAAUGCCCGAGUUUGUCAAUGUGCCACUUUUUGUUGAAGAUUCAGUGAUUGACAAUGAAUUGCCAGAUGAUGGUCCAACGACUUUAGAUGAGAAUUUGAAUGAUUACCAAGCAAUCUCCCUCAAAGAAGAAGCUGAUUUCCGAAAGCUUCUCGCAAAAUCGAACCUGACCAUUAACGAAUGCGACAAAUUUGCUCAAAAUCUAUCCGAAUUACUCUUGGAAUACGAUGGUGCGAAUAUUCAAUCGAUAAUGGGCAGUGAAACAGCGGUGAACAAAUUGUUGACGUUGAUCGACGAUGUUCUUGCAAAGGAGGCACAACUGCAGAGGGAAUUGGACAAAUGUGAUUCGUUACUGGUGACAUGUCGAGAUUCAGUGGAGUUGAUUGAGGAGAAAGACAGUCUCUGUGUGGUUGAACGAAAGAACAAAGAGAGGCUGAGAAAAGAGCUUGAGGAUUUUCUCUCAGCCUUGGACACCGUCACCGAAAAUCACUUGAGAGUCUUGCAAGAAGCCAAUAUUUCGGAUCCGGCUAGUAUCGCGAGAUGCAGUGAAGCGGCCAGAGCCUUCAACGCUUUUCAUCGAGGUCGAAUCGCAAAGCCAAUGGAAUCAAUGACAGCUUAUCAAGAAAGGAGUGUCGUGAAAGAGGCAGCCAACCAGUUCGUCGAUCGCUUCAUGUCUCACUUGACGACUUUGUUUCACAACUUGAAUGAGCUUACAAGUGACCAAGACUGGCACCAUCUUUCCAUACCCAAGCAAUCCCAGCGCUUCCACGCCCUUUCUCCUUUAAGUGAACUAAUCAGCUGGUUAAAAGGAUUUGCUCCACACGUCUACCAAUCUGCCAUCGAUCGAUAUGUUCAAUCAACGAAACUUCUCUAUCGUCGUCUCUUUGAUCGUUUCUUUGACAAUGUCAUUGAAGAGGUUCAACGACUUGGAGUCAGCAAUAGAUUGAAUACUUCCAAUCUUUCAAAAGCUUCUCAUGAUCGAUCUUUCGGUCAAUCUGAAGCAGCUGAUCAAGAAGAAGUUAUCAAGUUGAUUGAAACAGUUCUCGGAGAAUUAGGACCGAUUGUGGAAAUGGAGCAAAAGUUCGUUGUUCGAUUCUAUCACAUCACUGCUGAUUUGCUGAACGUGGCUGAGACGAUGAGUCAAGGAUCGGGAGAUAGUGGAAGCAUGGGUGGAAAAUCGAUCGACAAAGUCCUAAGCGAACAAGUUAGAGGAGUAAUGGGUCCACUCUUCGACUCUCUCGUCCCUCAACUUGAUCGAUUCUGUAAAGCAAUUUGUAAACAGAAUCAAGGCAACGUUCUUCUGCUUUUCGUUUUGCUAUCAAAGAAAGCACUGGCUCCUUCUGAUCCAGGAUCCUAUUUUGCAGUCACAUUUGGGAGUCUGACAGUGAUGAUCAAAAGGCAAUUUGAUUCUUACAUGGAAGCCGAAGCUCAACUCUUGACCGAUGUUCGAAUCAGCAAGCGAAUUCGUCUUGGAAUCUUGCCAAGUUUGCCUCGCUUCGCCGAAUUCAUUCGACAAACCGAGAAAAUGUUCGAGGGAGCUGAAAGGAGAACUGAUCUAGAAAAAUGGUACGGCCAUCUAUAUCGAGCCGUUUGCGAUGGGAUUUCAAAGGCUUCUGUCAAUCCGAAUAGCAAAAGCCCAUCAGCUGUAGUCCGAUUCGAGAACUAUCAUGAACUUUAUCAAAUCCUCUCUGAACUUAAAAUCUCUUGCUUGGAUGGGCAAAGGAAAGCGGCGAAGAAGGAAAAAGAGGAGAAUAUUGAUGCCUAUGUGAGGGAUUCGUUAGGGAGACCAUUGGAGAAAAUUCAUAUUUUCUUCGAGAGUGUCGAAAUGGCGAUCGGUCGAGGACUAAAAGUCGAAGAAGUCUCCUAUCAACAACAGUUCAGCCGAAUUGAACUCAAGAAGGUGAUCUCUCAAUAUUCUGGCAAAGAGGUAAAGAAAGGACUUGAGCAACUCUACAAAAAGGUCGAGAAACACCUCAUUGACGGGUCAAGUCUGGUGCAAGUGGUUUGGAGGAGUAUGCAGGAACAAUUCAUCAAACAAAUCCAAAGCUAUCAACAACUAAUGACCUCUUGUUACACCUCAUCCCGUCCCGAAUUGGAGUUCUCUAUUCAGGACGUUUUACAAUAUUUCUCAGAAAUUGCCCAAGAACAU